AGUGCGUGGACACCUCUGUUCAUGGAGAUGUUGGCCCUUCUUGCUGAUGUUUGGCUGGUCCCAAAGCCCACGUGUGCUGCGGCGUGACAGGUUGUCAGUAACACACGAGUGCAAGUGAACGUUUUGGAUGUGUCUUUUGUGCUGGGAUAAGGGAAUACAACCGAGGUACUGAUGUCAUGAUGGUCUGUGUGGCUGUCGAGCUGGGAAUUUGCUUUCAAACUGCUUUGUGUUACAGUAUCUCCCCCAGCAUGCUUUGUAGGUAUACCACAUAUUGUUUUAAUUUAAAACCAGCCUGUCUCUCUUGUUCUGUUUUUAGCAUGGCUGACAAGAACAGCACCCUGAAAUGCACGUUCUCUGCUCCUGGCCACAGCACCACUCUACUGCAGGGACUGGCCUCGCUCCGAGCUCAGGCUCAGCUGCUUGAUGUCAUCCUCACUAUAAAUAAUGAAGUGUUUCAGGUUCAUAAAGUUGUCUUGGCUGCCUGCAGUGACUAUUUCAGGGCGAUGUUCACAGGCGGGAUGAGAGAAGCCAGCCAAGAUGUGAUCGAACUGAAAGGUGUAUCUGCAAAGGGACUGAAACACAUCAUAGACUUUGCGUACAGUGCUGAAGUGACUCUGGAUCUUGACUGCAUUCAGGACGUUCUGGGAGCUGCCGUCUUCCUCCAGAUGGUGCCUGUCGUGGAGCUCUGCGAGGAAUUCCUGAAAUCUGCCAUGAGCGUAGAAACGUGUCUCAAUAUCGGGCAGAUGGCCACCACCUUUAGCCUCGCCUCCUUAAAGGAAUCCGUCGAUGCAUUCACCUUCAGGCAUUUCCUGCAGAUCUCCGAGGAGGAGGAUUUCCUCCACCUGCCUCUGGAGCGCCUCGUUUUCUUCCUGCAGAGCAAUAAGCUGCAAAGCUGCAGCGAGAUCGACCUGUUCCGCGCCGCCGUCCGCUGGCUGCAGUACGACCCCACGCGCCGUGCCAGCGCCAGCCAGGUGCUCUGCCACAUCCGCUUCCCGCUCAUGAAGUCCUCCGAGCUGGUGGACAACGUGCAGACCUUUGACAUCAUGGUGGAGGACGUCCUGUGCCGGCAGUACUUGCUGGAGGCCUUCAAUUACCAGAUCCUGCCUUUCCGGCAGCACGAGAUGCAGUCCCCCCGCACCACCAUCCGCUCCGACGUCCUGUCCCUCGUCACCUUCGGCGGCACUCCUUACACCGACAACGACCGCACCGUCAGCUGCAAGGUGUUCUGCCUGCCUGACGCCGGCGGGCGCCAGUUCAAGGAGCUGACGGAGAUGGAGGUGGGCAGCAGCCAUUCCUGCGUGGCCGUGCUGGACAACUUUGUCUACAUCGUAGGGGGGCAACACCUGCAGUACCGGAGCGGCGAAGGAGCGGUUGAUAUUUGCUACCGUUACGAUCCUCACCUCAACCAGUGGCUGCGAAUCCAGGCCAUGCAGGAGAGCAGGAUCCAGUUCCAGCUGAACGUCCUGCACGGCAUGGUGUACGCCACGGGCGGGAGGAACCGCUCGGGGAGCUUGGCUUCUGUGGAGAAGUAUUGCCCCAAAGACAACGAGUGGACUUACGUGUGCUCCCUGAAGCGCAGGACGUGGGGGCACGCCGGGGCCACGGUGGGGGACAAGCUGUACAUAUCGGGUGGGUAUGGGAUUUCGGUGGAAGAUAAAAAGGCCCUGCACUGCUACGACCCGGCCGCGGAUCAGUGGGAGUUUAAAACCCCGAUGAACGAACCCAGAGUCCUGCAUGCCAUGGUCAGUGCAAAUAAUAGGAUUUACGCUCUGGGAGGCCGCAUGGACCACGUUGACCGUUGUUUCGAUGUUUUGGCCGUGGAAUAUUACGUGCCUGAAACAGACCAAUGGACAACAGUGAGCCCCAUGCGCGCAGGUCAGUCGGAAGCCGGCUGUUGUUUGCUAGAAAAAAAGAUUUACAUCGUAGGGGGGUACAACUGGCAUCUGAACAACGUCACGAGCAUUGUGCAGGUGUAUAACACAGAAACUGAUGAAUGGGAAAGGGACCUGCAUUUUCCAGAGUCUUUUGCUGGGAUAGCAUGUGCUCCUGUGAUACUGCCACAGAUCACCACCCAGAGAUAACUGAGCUGCUGUGCAGGCCGUGGGGUCGCCUCGUGUUGCAUGUCGUUGGGAUGGCGUGUCGUUUUCCUUGUUUGCAAAUGGUAUCGUGCAUUUUCUGGGUGAGGGAAGGAGAAAAAUAGCUUGCGUUCCCUCCUCUGUGAAGUCCCUCCUCUUCUCUUACGUAGUGUUCUGGCAAGCGUGCUUCGUCAGAAGCACUUGUCAGCUAGUUAGACUUAGCAGAUGUUACAGCUGGAAAAAGCUUUUCUCUUUUUUUCUUUAUCUGAAAAGUGUGUG